AUGGUGAAAGAAAUAACGCAACAAGUCAUACCUCCAACAAUAGACUAUCUCUUAUUUUAUGUUAAUGGAAAACAAGUUAUCGAACAUAAUGCUGAACCUGAUUGGACUCUUCUUUGGUAUCUUAGAAAUAAAUUGAAUUUAACGGGAUCUAAAUUAGGUUGUGGUGAAGGUGGAUGUGGUGCAUGUACAGUACUUAUAUCUCAAUGUAUUAAUCGACAUACAGGUCAUCUUGAACAUCGAACAGUUAAUGCUUGCCUUGCACCACUUUGUUCUGUUGAUGGUUGUCAUAUAAUAACAGUUGAAGGAUUAGGUUCUGUUGCUAAAUCAAAUCUGCAUCCAGCACAAUCACGACUUGCUGAAAUGUACGGAUCUCAAUGUGGAUUUUGUACACCUGGUAUUGUUAUGUCAUUAUAUGGCACUGUAACAUCAUCAAAUCAUCCUCAUUCAUCAUUAACAAUGUUAGAUAUUGAAGAAGCAUUUGAUGGUAAUCUUUGUCGUUGUACAGGUUAUCGACCUAUUCUUGAUGCUGCAAAAACAUUUGCAAAAGAUCUUAGUCAAUUACCAUGUAAAGAUUCAUUAAAAUCAUCAAAACCAACAACAACAACAUUAGAUAAAUGUCUUUCAUUUGUUAAAAAAAUUGAUAAAGAACCACAUCAAAUAGAAUUUCCUGAUGAAUUACGUCAACAUAUUGCUCAAUCAAUUUUUAUUAAAGGUUCACUAAUCGAAUGGUAUCGUCCUGUUACUCUUAACGAAUUACUUCAACUUCGUUCUACUUAUCCUGGUAGUGCAUCGAAACUUAUUUUUGGUAAUACAGAAGUUCAAAUUGAAACAAAAUUCAAACGUUUAAAAUAUCCACGUUUUAUAUCUAUCACACAUAUUGAAGAACUUCAACAACUUAAACGUACACCAACUUCAUUAGUUCUUGGUGCUGGUGUUACUUUAACACGAUUACAUGAGAAACUAACGGAAUGGAAUGAUCAAAAACUUGAUGGAGGAAUAUGUCAAGCUCUUACUGAUCAAUUAAAAUAUUUUGCAUCAACACAAAUUCGUAAUGUUGCUUCACUUGGUGGAAAUAUUGUUAAUGCUUCACCUAUUUCGGAUGUUAAUCCAGUACUUCAAGCUGCUAAUGCUCUUUUAGAAUUACAUAGAGCAGAAGCGAAUUCAAUUCGACUUGUACCAUUACGAGAUUUUUUUCUUAGCUAUCGUCGUGUAGCUAUGACAGAUGAUGAAGUACUUGUUAAUAUUCAUAUUCCAUUACCAUCAGCAUCAUUGUCGUCCCCAUCAAAUAGAACAUUUCUUCGAUCAUAUAAACAAGCACGUCGUCGAGAUGAUGAUAUUGGUAUUGUUAGUUCUGGUCUUCAAGUUGAACUUGAACCAAUUGAAUCAACUGAUAAACAACAAUGGCGUAUUGUUUGCGCACAUUUUUCAUUUGGUGGCAUGGGACCUACAACAAUUUUAGCAAAAAAUACACAACAAGAAUUAAUUGGACAAUUAUGGACAAAAUCAACGAUUGAUAAAGCAUGUGAAUUAGCAGUAAAAGAAAUGCCAUUAAAUGAUAUGACACCAGGUGGUCAACCAGAAUAUAGACGUACAUUAGUUCAAUCAUUUCUUUUUAAAUUCUAUGUUUAUGUUUGUUCUGAAUUAAAUAAAGAAUCUGUUGAUUCAAAAGAACUAUCAAUCGCUCAUCCAUAUCAUCGACCUGUGUCUCAUGGUCAACAAAUAAUUCCUGAACGACCAACAUCACAAAAAGUUGUUGGAACAUCAUUACCUCAUCGUUCAGCUUAUUUACAAACAACAGGUGAAGCUAAAUAUAUUGAUGAUAUGCCUUCAUUAGCGCAUACACUUCAUGCUGCACUUGUACUUGCAACACAACCAAAUGCUCGAAUUAAAAAUAUUGAUCUUGGUGCUGCUUCUAAAGUACCUGGUUUUGUUUCAUUUGUUAAUCAUCAAGAUGUUCCAGGUGACAAUAUGACAGGUGAUGUUGUGCAUGAUGAAGAAGUAUUUGUUUCAUCAAUAACACCAUGUGUUGGUGCGGUAAUUGGUAUAGUUUUAUGUGAAACUGAACGAGCAGCACAUGCAGCUGCUCAUCUUGUUCAAAUUGAAUAUGAACUUUUAACACCAACAAUUUAUACAAUUGAUGAUGCUAUUCAACAUCAAUCGUAUAUAGGUGAAGAACGAUGUCUUAAUCAAGGUGAUAUUGAAAAAGCUCUAGCAGAAGCUGAAAAUAUUCUUGAAGAUACAAUCGUAAUUGGUGGACAAGAACAUUUCUAUUUAGAAACAAAUUGUUGUAUGGUUAUACCAUCAAAUGAUGAUAAAGAAAUUACACUAUAUUCAUCAACACAAAAUCCAAGUAAAACUCAAGAAUUAACUGCAUUAGCACUUGGUUGUGAUGUUAGUCAUGUUCAAUGUCAUGUUAAACGUAUGGGCGGAGGAUUCGGUGGUAAAGAAUCAAGAUCAAUUGCUCCAUGUGUGGCAUUAGCAGUUGCUGCUGUAAAAGUUGGUCGUCCUGUUCGUAUGAAUAUAGAACGUGAUGUUGAUAUGAGUAUUACAGGACAACGUCAUCCAUUUAAAAUUCAUUAUAAAGUUGGUUUCACAAAUCAAGGUGAAUUCACAGCACUUGAUAUUCGUCUAUGGAGUAAUGCUGGAUGUUCAUUUGAUCUUUCAAUGGCAGUCUUAGAACGUGCAAUGCUUCAUGUUGAUAAUACUUAUCGAUUUCAAAAUGUUCGAGUACGUGGUCGUUUAUGUAAAACACAUUUACCAUCCAAUACAGCUUUUCGUGGUUUUGGUGGUCCACAAGGUCUGUUUGGUUGUGAAACAAUUGUUGAUCAUAUUGCUACACAUCUGAAACUUGAUCCACUUGUUAUUCGUCGUUUAAAUAUGUAUAGAGAAGGAGAUAUAACACAUUUUAAACAACCAUUAGAACGAUGGAAUAUUCCUCGAUUAAUGGAUGAACUUCUUAUAUCAAGUGAUUUUAAUCAACGGCAAAAAUCUAUUGAAGAAUAUAAUAAAUUACAUACUUAUAGAAAACGUGGUAUAACUAUUCUUCCAACAAAAUUUGGUAUUGCAUUUACUGCAAAAUUUCUUAAUCAAGCAGGUGCUCUAGUUCACAUAUAUAAAGAUGGUUCAGUUUUAGUUAGUCAUGGAGGUACUGAGAUGGGACAAGGUCUUCAUACAAAAAUGAUCUCUGUAGCUGCUGAAGCUUUAAGUUGCGAUGUUGAUCGAGUACGUAUCAGUGAAACAGCAACAGAUAAAGUACCAAAUACAAGUCCAACAGCAGCAUCAGCUUCAUCAGAUUUAAAUGGUAUGGCUAUUCGAAUUGCAUGUGAAGAAAUACGUGAACGAUUAAAUAAAGUUGCUGCUAAUUAUAAUACAAAUCUUUCAUGGGAAGAUCUUAUUAAAAAAGCAUAUUUUUCACGUAUUAGUUUAAGUGCACAAGGUUUUUAUGCAACACCCGAACCGUUAGGUGCCGAUUUUGCUAAUAAUGAAGUACAUUUUAAUUAUUUUACACAAGGUGCUGCAGUUUCAGAAGUUGAAUUAGAUACAUUAACAGGUGAUUGGCAUAUUUUACGUGCUGAUAUUCUUAUGGAUGUUGGUACAUCGCUUAAUCCUCAAAUUGAUAUUGGUCAAAUAGAAGGUGCUUUCGUACAGGGUUAUGGUUUAUUUACUAUGGAGGAACUUAUUUGGGGUGAUCAGACUCAACAUAAAUGGACAAAACCAGGUGCUUUAUUUACUCGUGGUCCUGGCACCUAUAAAAUUCCAUCAUUUAAUGAUGUUCCACUUGAUAUGAGAGUAGAACUUUUAUCCGAUGCACCUAAUCCUUUAGCUAUUUAUUCAUCAAAAGCUAUUGGUGAACCACCACUUUUUCUUGGUGCUUCAGUGUUUUUUGCAUUGAAAAAUGCUUGUAUGGCUUAUAGAGAACAACAAGGUUAUACAGGAUAUUUUCCAUUAAAUUCACCAGCUACUGUUGAACGACUUCGUAUGGCAUGUACUGAUGAAUUUACUGAACGAGCAUGUGUUCAGAAUCAUGAACAAUUUCAAGCUAAAGUUAAAAUUAAACCAUUUAUUCCAAAAUCUAAUAAAAUGGUUCGACAGUUGACUGUUCAUCUUUGUCAAAUAUCAAACAAUAUUUUUUCUCAUAGUACUAUCUGGUAUGAUGAUGAAACAUUUUGUAAUGGUGCUCCAUCGAUGUUAGUUUAUCAAUGGACAUCAAAUUCAUCUUUAUCUCUAUUUCAUAUGGAUAAUAAUAUUGGAUUUCAAUUAGAUAAAUCAAAAUCAAUUGUACUUAGUGUAACUUACGCUGAAGAACGACAAUUGUCUAAAGAUGGAACAGGUGUUAUUGUUUAUAUAUCCACUAUAACAGAUAAUGAUGAAGUGGUUGUUAAUAUGGCAAUUGCAUAUAUUCAAGCAUUGAUUAAACAAGCGCAUAUUAAAUAUCUAAUGGUGUUCGUAGAGAAUACCAAAAAGCGGCUUGUAGAUCCUGUGACACCAAUAAUCACAGGAUCUACAGAGAUGGGAACAUUUACACCAUUGCAAAAAAAUGAUGAUGAACAUAUAAAAGCAAAUGAAAUAAAUAUGUGCUGUUUAUUUUGA